CUGCAUGUGCUUUACUUGGAUCCGGCAUUCUGCAUUUUACAGUGAAACUUAAUAAAGUAACCAGACUUUUUUUAAAAGUGACCUGAACUCAUGCAGUCGAGAGACAUUAACGUCAUUGCAAUGCGAAUGUGAGUGCAGCAAGAGCACGAAUAAUAUAACGGUUAAUGAAGACAGUGAAUUUGAAAGGAAACUUGAUGCGUUUUUAUCCUUCAACGAGUGUGACUCUUAUUCCCACGGGAUAUGUAACUUGGAACAUUGCGACAGUUCACUGCAUCUCUUAAGGUAAAUUAUGUCCACUUUGCUGUUGCUGUGUGUGCUAUUGCACCUCAUCAGUGGUGGGCUUGCAACAGUACAGGUGUCCAGAACAGAGCCAGAAGACACCCUGAGCGUCAGCGUCCCUGUGUCGCCCCCACUGCGGUCUCAGCUGGGAGGGGCGAUGGUGGUGCCCUGCUACUUCCUGGACAGCUCUGUCCCAGCCCCCCUCGCCCCCCUCUCCUACUGCAUCAAGUGGACUCAUGUGACCAAGGACAGGGUGUCGGUGGUGCUGGUGGCCACUGGAGGCUCUGUGCGGGUGGAGCCCCAGUACGUAGGCCGGGUUUCCAUGGUGAGUUACCCACUGGUGCCCACAGACGGCAGUAUGGAGAUCUCUGGGCUGCGCUCCAGUGAUUCUGGGACUUACCGCUGCCAAGUGACGCAUGGCUUCAGGAAGGCCCAGGACUCAGUGGAUACUGAGGUUCCAGGUAUUGUGUUCCACUACCGCACCAUCUCCUCACGCUACAGCCUGAGCUUUGAGCAGGCCCAGGCAGCAUGUUCCCACAUCGACGCUGUGAUCGCCACUCCAGCACAGCUGCAGGCUGCCUAUGAGGACGGGAUGCAUCAGUGUGAUGCUGGCUGGCUGGCCGACCGCACCGUUAGGUAUCCCAUUCAGCAUCCCAGGGAGGGUUGCUAUGGUGAUAAGAACACGCUCCCUGGACUGCGGACGUAUGGAGAGCAAGACCUCAGUGAGAUGUACGAUGUGUACUGUUUCGCACAAGAGCUGACAGGCAAGGUGUUCUACUCCAUGUCUCCCCACAAGUUCACCUUUGCGGAGGCCGAAGAACAGUGCAUGAAGCUGGGUGCCCGUCUGGCCUCCACUGGGCAGCUGUACCUGGCAUGGCAGGCAGGCAUGGACAUGUGCAGUGCUGGCUGGCUAGCUGACCAAAGCGUCCGAUACCCCAUCAACAUUGCCCGGAAGCAGUGUGGGGGUGGCCUCCUGGGGGUCCGCACAGUGUAUCUCUUCCCCAAUCAGACAGGGUACCCCCCCUCAAACGCUCGCUACGAUGCCAUCUGCUUCCAAGAUGAGGGGAGGACAGUGCUAUUGAGCAGGGAGGGCAGCCCAGUGAAUGUGCCCACUUUCACUGGGGGUACCGAGGUCUUCCUCAGAAGGCUCACCAUGGAGACAGAGGCACGGGGGGAAGUGGUGAAACAGGAGCUGGUCCCUGACAUCUAUGCUGAGCUGCCACUGGCCCCACCCAACAGUAUCCCAUACAGCUCUGCCAGCACAAAGGGUGUGGUUCAGCAGCACAUCACCACGGUGACCGCCCGGCCCAACGUGGGCUCAGAGUUUCCCCGUCAUAUUGAUGCUGAGCCUACACUGCCCCCUACAGGUGUGGUGUUCCACUACCGUGGCCCGUCCCCCAGCUAUGCCCUGACAUUUGCAGAGGCCCAGCAGGCGUGUCGGAAAGCAGGCGCGGUCAUCGCCAGUCCGCCGCAGCUCCAUGCUGCCUUGAGGACCGGCCUCCAUGGCUGCAACCCUGGUUGGCUGAGUGACCAGUCUGUCAGGUACCCCAUCGUGUCUCCAGGGGACAAAUGUUCAAGGGGCCAGAUGGACUCGCCAGCUGUGAUGUCACAGGGCCUGCGCCCAGGGCAUGAGCGCUAUGAUGUAUACUGCUACACCCACCAGCUGAAUGGUGAGGUUUUCCAUGUUGGCUCCACUGAUGGUUUUACAUAUGCAGAGGCUGUGCUCCGCUGUAGGAAGCAGGGUGCCAGGCUGGCAUUGCCGGGGCAACUAUAUGCUGCGUGGAGGGGGGGCUAUGAUAAGUGUCGCGCCGGCUGGUUGUCGGACCGCAGUGUCAGAUACCCCCUCACCAGCCCCCGCCCCCAAUGUGGGGAGGGCAGAACUGGGGUUUACACUGCCUAUGCCUUCCACAACCAGACCGGGUACCCCAGCCCCCACAACAGAUACGACACCUACUGCUUCAGGGCAAAUCACACUGGGAUCCAGCUGAAUAUAACAGGAACUGAAGGGGAUCUGGUGGAAAUCACAUCCAUUCCCAGCCAUCUCAGGCCUGAGCCCCGCUUCAUAACCCUGCCCACCUAUGUGGUCCCUCCUACUUCUGUGCCCCCACACACCUCUGUGAAACCGCCCAGUUCUGGUUCUGACCCGACCCCUGAGGCACUCUCUGGGAGUGGUGAAACAGAGUCCAAGGAGAGGGUUGAGAGUGGUGGUGAGAUUUCUGGUCAAAGUGGUGAUGGGUCAGACAAGCCGGUGACCCUGUUAGGCAGGGGGACGGUCCAGCCUGAGGAGGACUCUGCCUCUGGAGCACAGGAAGCCAGAGAGAGCAGCAGCGGUGUCCAUACCCUUUCGGCGGGCCAGUCGGGCUUUGGUUCCUCCUCAGGGGAAAGUGAGGUCCCCUCUGGCUCUGGGGAAUCUUCCGGGCUCAGCGGAACACUGCAGAGUCCUGAGCAGGGCGGGGUCUCUGUGAUUACCCUGGUGAACAGCAGCGAGGCAGGGAACUCAGGCUCACUGGAUGGUGCAGGGCUGGAUUCCGGCAGCUCUGGAGACCUCUCAGGCUCCGGGGUCUCUGGGUCUGGCAGUGGCUCCUCCCUCCCAGACGUGGGAUUUGUGGACUCAGACUACCGAGAUCAAACAGAGAGCUCUGGGAGCUCCAGGCCAGGCCUGGAGGCAUCGGGGAACCUGCUGUUAGGAUCUGGUGACAUCAGUGGAUUCCAGUCUGGGGGUGUGCUCUCUGGAUCUGGCCUCCCAUUGGGCAGUGGUGAUGUCACCUUUCUGACAGAUGAGGGGAUGAUGGAGGUGUCGACCAAGCAGACAGAUAGCAGGGAGCCGGAGGAGGAGGAGCCUGCCAAGGUGUGGGGAGACCAGGCCCAGGUGGGAGGAGCAGUAGGGGUGAAGCACAUCUCUGUGGUCAGCCACAGCGGGGGGCAAUCACAGGGGGGUGUGGCUGCCCUCACCCUGCCCACCAUCCCUCCACACACCUCCCCUGGACUGGAACAGCCCCUGUCAGUGGAUGGCAGCCUGGGAUGGGGAGUGUUGCCAGAUGCCUCACUGUCUCCCCCUGCUGCAACUGUAGAGAUGCACGGGUGUGCGGAUGGCUGGACUGCAUUUGACGGCCACUGUUACCUGCAUGUCUCUCGGAGAGAAACCUGGGAAGCGGCCGAACAGCACUGCCAAGACCACGAGUCCCACCUGGCCAGCAUCCAUUCACCGCAAGAGCAGGAAUUUAUCACUGCCAAUGCGCAGGAUUACCAGUGGAUUGGGCUGAAUGAUAAGAGGGUGGAGAACGACUUCCACUGGACAGAUGGAUCCCCCAGGCAAUAUGAGAACUGGCGCCCAAACCAGCCGGACAGUUUCUUCAGCGAAGGAGAGGACUGUGUAGCGAUGAUCUGGCACGAGGGCGGCCAGUGGAAUGACGUGCCCUGCACCUACCAGCUGCGCUUCACCUGCAAGUCCAGCCCAGCUUGGUGUGGCCCCCCUCCUGAAGUGGAGAAUGCAAGGGUUAUUGGCGACAGGAAAGGUCGCUACAGGUUCAGUUCUGCAGUGCGAUACAAGUGUAACCCGGGAUUCACACAGCGCCACUUGCCUGUGGUGCACUGCAUUGCGGGCGGGCAAUGGGAGAGGCCACGAGUAAAGUGUGUAAGCUCUGCCCAGAUAACAAAGAAAAUCCAUUCAGAAAUGACCCUAGAGAAAUCCUCAAUAAACAUUACAGGGAUACAAAGGAAAGAUUUAAGGGAAUAACAAUAAAGAAAGAUUUGUUUCUGCAAAAGGAGACUUCACACUAAGCUGGCCCACCUUGAAUCCAAACCCAAACAGCUGCUGCUGUGUUCUCUAUCUGACUUGUGCCCUUUGUGAGUGCUGUGUUUUAGAGGGGUAAAAUAGCUGAUGGUUUUAUUCAUUUGAUGCUGUUCUGGUGCUAAGCACAGUGAAAUAUUUUUUAAAUACACUAUUUUUGUUAUUAUUGGUUGGAUUUUGCUUUGA